GAAACAAGACUUGAAACCAAAGAGUCAGUUCCAAAGCCCAACAUUACUGGAGAUUUGCCUGAUGGGGUGAUGGAAAGGGAAGGUCUCUGGCGUUCUACUUUAAGGAAAAGCUGGAAUUCUGAUCAUUAGUUAGAGAGGCAACAAAACAUCCAAGACAGACGUCAGGGCCAAGUGGCACCUACCAAGGAAGUCUGCCCUGAGAGGAAGGUAUGUGGAGGUCAUAAAUUUGAAAGGCUUUUCAGUCAGGGUUCAAUCCAAGAUAUGCAACCACACAUUUGUGUGGCAAAAAGGCCCCAUCAUUGGAAUUCACAUGAAAAAGAUGCCAAACGAAAUUCUGAGUUAACUAAAACUCAAAGAAUGUUUGUAGGAAAUAAAGUCUAUGAAUGUAAUGAGUGCAGGAAAACCUUUGGCCAGAGCUCCUCCCUUCUUAAGCACCAGAGGAUUCAUACCGGAGAGAAACCCUUUAAGUGUAAUGUGUGUGAGAAGCACUUCAUUGAACGCUCCUCCCUUACUGUACAUCAAAGGAUUCACACUGGAGAGAAACCCUACAAAUGUAAUGAGUGUGGGAAAGCCUUCAGUCAGAGUAUGAAUCUUACUGUUCAUCAAAGAACACAUACUGGAGAGAAACCCUAUCAGUGUAAAGAGUGUGGAAAAGCCUUCCGUAAGAACUCAUCUCUUAUUCAACAUGAAAGGAUUCAUACUGGAGAGAAACCCUACAAAUGUAAUGAAUGUGGGAAAGCUUUUACCCAAAGCAUGAAUUUGACAGUGCACCAGAGAACUCAUACAGGAGAAAAACCCUAUGAAUGUAACCAAUGUGGAAAAGCCUUCAGUCAAAGCAUGCACCUUAUUGUACAUCAGAGAAGUCACACUGGAGAGAAACCCUAUGAAUGUAGUGAAUGUGGAAAAGCCUUUAGUAAGAGCUCAACUCUGACCCUACAUCAGCGAAAUCACACUGGAGAAAAACCCUACAAAUGCAACAAAUGUGGGAAAUCCUUUAGCCAAAGCACAUACCUUAUAGAACAUCAGAGACUUCAUUCUGGAGUAAAACCUUUUGAAUGUAAUCAGUGUGGAAAAGCUUUCAGUAAGAAUUCAUCUCUUACUCAACAUCGAAGAAUUCAUACUGGAGAGAAACCUUAUGAGUGCAUGGUAUGUGGAAAACACUUCACUGGGCGAUCAUCCCUUACUGUACAUCAGGUUAUUCACACUGGAGAGAAACCUUAUGAAUGCAAUGAAUGUGGAAAGACCUUCAGCCAGAGCGCAUACCUCAUUGAGCAUCAAAGAAUUCAUACUGGUGAGAAACCGUAUGAGUGUGAUCAGUGUGGAAAAGCCUUCAUUAAGAAUUCCUCCCUUACAGUGCAUCAGAGAACUCAUACAGGAGAGAAGCCCUAUCAGUGUAAUGUCUGUGGAAAAGCCUUCAGCCGGAGCACAAACCUUACACGACAUCAAAGAACUCACACGUGA